AUGAACGACUCGCACAACGCCGCGACGCGACAGCGCGCGUUCGAGCGCGGGGCGAGCGCGCAGCCGGAGUACGAUUCGUCUUCUUGGCUCCACACCGCACUCUUGGCGAACCCGAAAGCGAGAGGACUGAGCGCUUUCGCCGCGCCGUGGAGCUUCGUGAACGGCGUGAGCGCGACGUGGACGAUCUUAUACUGCGUCGGUGCCGUGAACACCAGAGAGGCGGCGAUGAGGAGCUUCGAGGCGGCGUACUCGUUGGUCUUCACGGCUCUUGGAUUUUUGCUCGUCUUCAGGUUGUCCAGAGCGGCGGUGCGGUUUUGGGAGUGUCGAACGUGUUUCGGGAACAUCGUCGUCGGCAGUAGGAAUUUCGUUGAUUAUUUGUUAGCGAGCGCCAAGGGGCGGGAGGUGGAGGCGAUCGAGGACGCGUGCGCGUGGCUGUGCGCGUUCGCGGUGUGCUCGAAACAGUUCUUACGCGCGCAGAGGGACGUGCCGGCGGAGCAGCUCGCGGGUAUUUUGAGCGAGGACGAUCGUUUACGGGCUGAAAACGCGAGGCACCCGCCGUUGUUUUGCAUCAUGAUGGUGCGUAGGGCUAUUUCUAGGGCGUUCGGGGCGGAAAAGGGGGAAAGCGUGAGCGACGCCGUGCGCGGCGAGUCAAUUUCUCGCGGAUUGAACGCGCAGGUUGAUUUUUUGGUUCUCAACGAGGGCGCACUCGAACGAUUACGCUCGACAAAGUUACCGAUGGUGUACGUCGUGCAUCUGCGAACGUUCCUGGUGGGUUAUCUUUUGACGAUGCCGUUCGUCUUCGCGAGUCAGUGGCGUUGGGGAACGAUUCCGGCGGUUGCGAUUGUGAGUUUCGUCUUGCUCGGCAUUGAGGGCUCAGCGACGGAGUGCGAGAUCCCGUUCUCUCCGGAUCACGCGAAUCACUUGAGAAUGGAUCAGUACAUACAGGCGGUGUUACUGUCUGUCGGAUCGUUCCUCGCUUGGGACGAGCGCACGGAUGCGGUGGCGUCGUCGCUCACGCGCUCGCACGGGAGCUGCGAGCAGCUAGUCAUCGAGGUAGACAAGUCGACGCUCGGCGACGAGCGAAAGUAG